GACCCCAGACGGCCUUGGAGGGGGAGGGGUAGAGAUGAUGAUGAUGAUGAUGGUGGUGGUGGUGGCGGCGGCGGUAGUGGGACAUCAAUACGCUGCUUAGACAUUGCUGAGGAGUAUCCUGAACUGGACAGGGGAAAGAAAGGAGAGAGAAAAGGAAAGAGAUAAUCAGCAGGCGAUGGCGCACCGCUAUGUCGUGUUGGCCCGUUGCUGCCGGGGCUUGUAUAAAAGUUUUGGCCCUCAGCGCGUCAGCCGAGCCUGGAGGCCGUUUUUAGGUUGUACACACUAUUGUGUGGGCUUGGAUAAGAGCAGCCUACUAGCAGAUGUUCUAGGUAUCUAUGGACGACUCUGCUCACGACCACCAAAAGGUUUUGAAAAAUAUUUUCCAAACAAAAAGUCCAGAAGCACAAGUGAAUCAUCUAAUGGAUCAUCCAGUGAGGCACAAGAAGCAAAAUCGACAAAUUCUCAACGUUCAGGGAGCAGUGGUGCAGGUGGUGGAAGUGGAGGAAAGAAAGGAGGCAGAAAGGAUGAGUCUACCUGGUGGGCCAGAUUACAGAAGGGUGAUAUUCCAUGGGAUGAUAAAGAAUUUCGAUUUUACUUUCUAGCAGGUGCAGCAUUUUGGGCAACUGUUGCAUAUUACAUUUUCUUCAGGAAUGUUGGCAGAGAAAUUACUUGGAAAGACUUUGUCAACAAUUACCUUUCUAAAGGAAUUGUGGACAGAUUGGAAGUGGUAAACAAGCGCUUUGUUAGAGUAGUUUUUACACCAGAGAAGUUAGCAGUGGAUGGGUAUGUGUGGUUUAACAUCGGUAGUGUGGAUACCUUUGAGCGGAAUCUGGAGACGGCACAGCAGGAACAGGGCAUAGAAGGUGAAAAUAGGAUACCUGUAGUAUAUUCAACAGAGAGUGAUGGCUCAUUUCUACUGAGCAUGCUUCCUACUAUACUGAUCAUUGGAUUUCUGCUGUUUACCCUAAGAAGAGGGUCAGCAGGAGUUGGCCGAACUGGACGUGGCAUGGGUGGAUUGUUUAGUGUUGGUGAAACAACAGCCAAGGUGCUCAAGGAUGAAAUUGAUGUAAAAUUCAAGGAUGUUGCAGGAUGUGAGGAAGCAAAGUUGGAAAUAAUGGAAUUUGUUAAUUUUCUAAAGAAUCCAAAUCAAUAUCAAGAACUUGGAGCCAAAAUUCCAAAGGGAGCUAUUCUUACAGGUCCUCCAGGCACUGGGAAAACUUUACUAGCGAAGGCUACUGCGGGAGAGGCCAAUGUUCCAUUCAUCACAGUUAAUGGCUCUGAAUUCUUGGAAAUGUUUGUUGGUGUGGGUCCUGCUAGGGUGCGAGACCUAUUUGUAAUGGCAAGGAAAAAUGCUCCUUGUAUCCUGUUCAUCGAUGAGAUUGAUGCUGUUGGCAGGAAAAGAGGUCGAGGUAACUUUGGAGGACAGAGCGAGCAGGAGAACACACUAAAUCAGCUACUGGUAGAAAUGGACGGAUUCAACACAGCAACUAAUGUGGUGGUUUUGGCAGGCACAAACCGCCCAGAUAUCCUGGACCCUGCGCUGAUGAGGCCCGGUCGAUUUGACAGACAAAUUUUCAUUGGACCACCUGACAUUAAAGGAAGGGCUUCAAUUUUUAAAGUUCAUCUCAAGCCCUUGAAAUUAGAAACCUCUAUCAAGGGCGAGGAUUUGGCAAGAAAAUUAGCAGCUUUGACUCCUGGAUUUACAGGAGCUGACAUUGCGAAUGUAUGCAAUGAAGCUGCUUUAAUUGCUGCCAGACAUCUAUCUGAGGCCAUUAUACAGAAUCACUUUGAACAGGCUAUUGAGCGUGUAAUUGGAGGGCUGGAAAAAAAAACCCAGAUUCUACAGCCUGAUGAGAAAAAAACUGUAGCAUAUCAUGAAGCAGGCCAUGCAGUGGCUGGUUGGUUCCUGGAGCAUGCUGACCCUUUGUUGAAGGUGUCCAUCAUACCUCGUGGGAAAGGACUUGGUUAUGCUCAGUAUUUACCCAAAGAGCAAUAUUUGUAUAGUAAAGAGCAACUUCAUGAUCGAAUGUGUAUGACACUAGGCGGACGAGUUGCAGAACAAAUCUUUUUUGGUAGAAUAACAACAGGAGCACAGGAUGAUUUAAGAAAGGUUACCCAGAGUGCCUAUGCUCAGAUUGUCCAGUUUGGUAUGAAUGAAAAAGUAGGCCAGGUUUCCUUUGAUUUUCCACGACAAGGCGAGAUGACUUUAGAAAAGCCAUAUAGUGAGGCCACUGCCCGACUGAUAGAUGAAGAAGUGCGAUUAGUCAUCAAUUCUGCGUAUGAGAGGACUCUGUCGCUUCUAACGGAGAAAAGAGCAGAAAUUGAGAAGAUUGCUCAGCGAUUGUUGGAAAAAGAGGUAUUAGACAAGGCAGACAUGAUUGAACUGUUGGGACCUCGACCCUUCGCAGAGAAGUCAACAUAUGAGGAGUUUGUGGAAGGAACAGGAAGCCUUGAGGAAGACACGUCCCUCCCCGAGGGUCUCAAAGACUGGAACAAAGAUCGUGAAAAUGAAAGAAAGUAUGAGAAGAGGAGCAAAUUGCAAGAGGAGUCGCUGGAGGGCUGGCAUGCUAAAUGAGGCAAAAUAAUUAUUUUGCUUUUGUAAUUUUAAGAAAUUGUGAGCCUACAACAGAAAAAUUGUGCCUCCUUGAUUGUGUUCAGACUUGUUGGUUAAAGAAUUUUAAAACUCAUACGGUUCACCAGCUCAGCUCUCCGCAUUCAGUGUGGCUUUAACAGUAAUUAAUUUCCUCUAGGCCAAUUUGUUCUGUGGAAAUGAACAUGAAACAAAAAUGCCACUUUGUUUUAAGGUUGUAAGUGUAUUUUAACAAAAAUUGCUGCUUCACUUUAGCACCUGAUAUGCAAGUCUCUGACUGUGCACACUGCAUCUGGUUUCAUUUGAAUGGGACUUUUAUUUAUUCCUCAAUUUUGCCGCACAUUUGAAGAUGCAAGGGAUUGUCUGCUGAGCUAGCAGGAGCUCAUGGCUGAGAAUUAAUGUAUACAAUUUUCCAUGUGGCUUCUUUAUUUGGGGCUGUGAGCAAUUGAAGACUUGAAUGUAAUUAGUUUGUGUAAAUAUUGUUUAUUUUCAAAUGUCAAAAGGAAUACUUAAAUAAAAGAUAAAAUAUUGAAUUUUGCUAUUUAUCUUGGGCCGGCAGGUGAUCUUAAUUUGGGAGGAUAGGCUGUGAUUUCUACUAUUAAAAUGCUCAUUAAUCAAA